AUGGCCAAAUUUCCUGCCGCGCUGCUUCCGCUCCUCGUUCUUGCCGUCCUCUGCGAUUCGGUUGCACUUUCUCACAACUCAUUAUCCUCUCACUUCGACAGUUCUUCUCACCCAUCUGCUCCCUCUCACCCAUCUGCUCCCUCUCACCCAUCUGCUCCCUCUCACCCAUCUGCUCCCUCUCACCCAUCUGCUCCCUCUCACCCAUCUGCUCCCUCUCACCCAUCUGCUCCCUCUCACCCAUCUGCUCCCUCUCACCCAUCUGCUCCCUCUCACCCAUCUGCUCCCUCUCACCCAUCUGCUCCCUCUCACCUCGCUGCUCCAGGCGUCGGGACG